UCUCCCGAGUGCAUGGCGGGGUUCUGGCUGGUCCCCCGCCUCAGCAUGCGGCUUCCGGGGGGCCGACUUUGGCAGCUCGUGCCUCACGGGCUCGUGGUCUGCGCCCCGGCGGAGAGGGCCGCCGGAGUCUGGCUGAGGCAACUCGGCGCGCGGCGAGAGGAGGCGUGGCGGACCUCCGAGCUCGCUUGCAGCGGCCGGGGAAGCCGGCCCUUGAGCACGGCGAUGCCACCCCCGCAGGGGUCGGCCGGCCCCGAGCCGAAGGGCCGCAGGGACCCCACCCGCCCCUCCAAACCCGGGCCGGUUUCCUGGAAGUCUCUGGCAUUCACGUUUGCAAUUGGUGGGGCUUUAUUGGCUGGAAUGAAGUACUUCAAGAAAGAAAAGACACAGAAACUGGAGAAGGAGCAGCAGCGGAGCCUGGGAAAGCCUUUGCUCGGGGGCCCGUUUUCCCUCACAACGCAUACAGGAGAACCCAAAACUGACAAGGACUACGUGGGUCAGUGGGUAUUGAUUUACUUUGGUUUCACUCAUUGCCCUGAUGUCUGUCCAGAAGAACUCGAAAAAAUGAUUCAAGUAGUGGAUGAGAUAGAUAAUAUUCCGACUCUGCCAAAUUUAACUCCACUUUUCAUCACUAUUGACCCAGAAAGGGACACAAAAGAAGCCAUUGCAAAUUAUGUGAAAGAAUUUUCUCCCAAACUGGUUGGCCUGACUGGCAGCAAAGAAGAGAUUGAUCAAGUGGCCCGAGCAUACAGGGUGUAUUACAGCCCUGGCCCCAAGGACGAGGAUGAGGACUACAUAGUGGAUCAUACAAUAAUCAUGUACUUGAUUGGACCAGAUGGUCAAUUCCUAGACUAUUUUGGCCAGAACAAGAAGAAUGCAGAAAUUGCUGGUUCCAUUGCUGCGCACAUGAGGGAACACAGGAAGAGGAGCUAGCCAGAGCCGCCGUCCCGGCCGCAGUAUUCUCUUGUGAAAGAGGAGAAAAGCUUUGUCUCCCAUAGGAGCCAGGAUACAUACAUACACACACACACACACACACACACAUAUAUGCAACCUACAGAAUGGCCUUUGCACGAGAACAUCUGUAUUUUGGACAGGGCGUGUUACCCUUGGGUUCAGCCAGGAUAGUUCUCGGAACUAUAAAGAUUCCAGCCGAAUAGUCACUUGAGCCCAGAGGACCAGGUUAGUGCGAAGCUGGUGGAGCGGACCCCGGGAAGCAGGAAAGGCACGGCAGCUGCAUUUCCCCACGUCAGCAGGGCCCUUGGAUCAGCGUCGCUGCCUCUCCAGUGCCCUGGACCCUUGUCCAGUGUGUGAGGCUGAAUUUCCAGGAAGAGUGAAAUUUCCACAGUGCCCUUGCUUUUCCUCUUCGGGUUCUUGGUGGCUGGUAACAGUCAGAUCAGGCUCUUGGACGUUCGUAGUUAAUCUUUAGACUUGAAAGCACACGGAUGUAUAGUGCUGCGUGUUAACAAAUCUCACGGUCAGGUUUGCAUUGUGUUCCCCUGUCAGCACCUGCCACGUUUACUGAUGAAGAGGAAGUCUGUUGUUUGGGGGGAAACUGCUAGAUCAGUUUCUCUACAGAUCUUUUAUGUGAUUUUUAUUUAAAUGUGCUGAGUUUUCAGUGACCUACCAAGCAGAUAGAAGGGGAUCUUGAUCAUGACUGUGACACAGGGUACUGUCUGCCUAGACUGGGUUGCAACAAGUGUGAAAUAAAGGUGUGUUCAGUUUUGCA